UCUUCGGAGUAAAUCUCAUGACACUUUCUCCGCUGCCCCUCGGAACGGGGGUCGGUGGGCGGUGAGGAUCUCCAAAUCUUAAAAAGAAAUCCGGGGGUAGAAAGAAGAAAAACAAAUAAGAAAAUACAACGCAUUUUCAUAUGAUUGAUUACAUAGUUCUGACAAAUCCCCAAAGAAAAAACAAAAAAGAAAAAAGAGGGGAGAGAGAGAGAGAGAGAGAAAGAGAGGGUGUGUGUGGAAGCGCAGAGAAUAAGUAAAGACCUGAUGUUGACAAAUUUUCCCGUCAUUUUGUCCCUGUGAAAGAUUUUCUCCCCCCUCUCUCUCUCCCUCUGCUCUCGUGUUGGCUCGGCAGCGGAUCGAAGUCUCCCGAUCUGAUGGAAAUCUUCAGCCCCUUCUCGUUCCAGCGGCGGUAGACGUCGAAGGUCUUCCUGUCAAUCCCCUGAGCUAAAGGAAUGGGAACUAAAAUGCAGUGUGAAAGCUACCUGCCAGGAUAUUCUUCAAUGAGGGAUCUGAAUGAGGAUCUACGUAGUAGCUGGUCUGCGUAUUAUGAGGACAGGGCACUGGAGAAGCAUCUUUACAAUAAUUUCAUGGCAGGGCCACUUCAUGAAUAUUCAGAUUCAGGAUAUGAUAAAGAGAUGUUAAAGAGGACAAUGCUCGAACAGGAAGCUGUCUUUAGGAAGCAGGUCUGUGAACUCCAUCGCCUUUAUAGAAUACAAAAGGAUUUGAUGGGUGACCUUAGAAGGGAAGAGUUAUACAAACUUCCUGUGCAAAGUGGAAUGUCACAGUCUUAUUUGUUCUCAUCGGCAAUGGCAUCUGAGACUGAAAAGAAAUGGCAGAUGCCUUACCUGACAGAUAGCAGGGCUGGUUUCAAUAUGACUACUGUUACAGAGGAAGAGGAUAUUAAGCUGUCCUUAGACCUUUUAAAAGAAAAGCGUAUAUGGUUCAGUCAAUUUCCACAAAAUAGAGCUUCUUUAGAGGAUGGUGAAUUUUCAGGCUCCAAGCUGAAGGGACUUCCUAGAGAAAUGAUUGAUCUUCAACUUCCUGCCGAUGUAUAUAUUGAUAUUGAAGACUCUGGUAGAAUAGAAAAGGAAGAGAUAGUCAAUCCAUUCUUUAAAAUUGGAGAUAAUUCAAGCACAGUAUGUAAUAUUGAGGAUGAGAAUGAUGUGAAACUGACUCUUGGACCUGGAGAUGAUUGCAGUGGAGCUGGUGGGCUUUCAGAUUCAAUUCGGCCAAAUGGUCAGUCCAUUCAGAGUUUGAAUUUUCUGAUUGAAUCUAAAAGAGGCUUAAGUUGUGAAGGAGACUCUGGCUCAGUUUCUAACCAUUCUCAUUAUGCAAACAUCGUCUGUGGAAAUCUUGGUUGUCAUCAAUUGCCAACAAAAUCUAACAGAAGUUUUCUGUCAAGGGAUUUAUUUACAGACAAGCAUACAGAUGAAGGGCCUUGUUCAAAGUCUUUCAAUGCAGAUAGGGAAGAAUCUGUACCUGGGUGGCCACCAUUCAGCUAUAUAGAUGCAGGAUCAAGUCGAAACAGAGCAAAUUCAUUCACCCUGGGUCUCAUCAAUAAUGAUAAGUGUCCAUUGCUAUCUGAAUCAUCUGAGCUAAAGGUUAAGCGAGAGAACAAUUUUCGUCUUCAUGAACACAGUCAAACACAAACAUGGUUCGAAGAGAAACCAACACAAACAUGGUUUGAAGAGAAACCAACUCUUGGUGCUGGACCCUAUCAAAAAGGUUCACUAUAUGCUAAUUCAAAAGAUUCAGCAUCAGUACUUACAGAUUCCCAAGUGCCUGGUCCAUUAUCAGUCAUUCCUGUCUCAGAGGGCAUGAACUGUGCAUCACCAGUGGUUCAAGCUAAGAGAAAGCCUCGAAGAGAUAUAACCCAUGUUCCCAUUGCAGUUCAAGCUCUUCCCUGCUUCCCUGCAUCAGAGAUGAUGAAAUAUCAAAAGAGGAAACACACAGAAUUCACUCAAAACUCUACCGCUAUAUGCAGCAGUUUGCAACCUGAUAGAGAUUUAAAGUCACAACUGGGAGGUGAAAUAGAGUUAUCCCCCAGUGAAUAUGGUUUUCACCACGAUCUUUCGUCGGAUUCUAGUUCUUCACCACAGUUUAAACAUAAUAGUGAUAGCCCAGUCCAUGAGAAGUCAAAAGCUUGUGCAUCCCAGAAAUUUCCCAAUUUGCAAACCAAUCUGAGCUUUAGUCGAUCUCUGUCAAAUGAUGCUAGAGAAGAUGGGAAGCUUGAGGAAUCAUCAUCAGGAGUCUCUGGGCUUAAGGUUAAACCUUCUUGUACUAAUUCUCGUGCGGCGUUCAGCCUCUCAAAGAGCCUAAAUCAGUCACCAGAGAGUUUUCCAUCAUCUUUGAAGGUCAAAGAAAAGAGGAAGCUAAGACAGAGAACUUCACAGAGUGUUAGUACUAAAAAAAAUCUUGGCUAUGUUGUCAUUAAUGAGCUUCAGGAGAAUGCUAUCAGAACCGAAGUUUCUGGUGGGGUCACAGUUACAGGAAAGGGCAUCGGAGAGAACAGCAUUGAUCUGAACACUACUUCAACUGAAGAUGUGGUUCCUAAUAGCAUUGAAAAGAGUGUUCAUGACAUCGAUCUGGAAGUCCUGAUACCCUUUUCUGAAACUCCUGCCAAUUUGGCAGCUGAGAAUCUUGUGGUCAUGUCUUUGGGUCUCACUCAGCAACUAGCCCCGGCUUCAUGCGAUCCAUUGCAUUGGUUUGCUAAUGUAGUUUCAUCAACGGAAGCGAAGGCUGGUGAUGACGAUUAUGAUGAUGGUGACGACAAAAUGGUGGAUGUUUUUGAGUCCUCAACUCUAAAGCUUGAAGAAAUGAAGCCAGAAGAGUAUCUACCUCCGCCACAGGAACAAGAAAAGCAACACAAUGAGAAUGACCUAGGUGUCGCUUCUCUUAUCCUAACAAAGACUCGCAGGGGUCAGUUAAGGAAGAGGAGGCAGAAGAAGGAUUUUCAGAAGGAUAUACUACCAGGCUUAAAGACGCUAUCGAGGCAUGAAGUGACCGAGGAUCUUCAGGCAUUCGAUUGUCUGAUGAGAGCAAUGGUUGAGCCUUGGGAGUGCAACUUGAAAAGGCGAAGCACAGGCCGAAGGGGGCCUAGAGGGCAGGGAAGAGGGAGACGUCGACCUCAAAUUCUUGAUGUUGCAAUCACCGAUAAGGUAGAUAUCGGUGAAAGGAGUUUAAUAGGAUGGGGAAGGACAACAAGGCGAGGACGAAGGCCUAGGGUUAAACCAGGCAAUGCAUCUCUUAUUGUAACUUGACACGAAGUGGCUCAACAUAUGUAAGGUUAGUUAUCCAGAGAUGUGAUGAGACAUGCUGAUGUACAUGUUUUUAUUUUGCCUGUUUCUGGAACAUGCCUUCAGGAAAAGAAUUGAUAACAUAUAGUUUAUAGAAGAAGAA